AUGAAGUUCUCCCACAGCUUGCAGCUGAAUAGUGUUCCAGAAUGGUCGGACAACUAUAUUGAUUAUCAGCACCUAAAAAAGGUGAUUUAUACCUUGGAGCGUGCACGAUACGCAAAUGACGGCCUCAACGACGCCGCGCCGGAGCGCCUCGAGAACGAAUCGACCGUGCUGCUGGAUGCCUCACCGUCUGACACCGACCGGCUGUUUGUUCCCGAGCUCGAUAAGCAGCUGCGCAAGAUUGUCGACUUUUACUGCCGCAAAGAAAAGGAACUUGCGGACGGCGUGCGUGCCGUGCGCGCGCACAUCCAGCUCGCCGAGGACGAGUACGACACGUACGCGAGCGGCGGCGAGUCGGAUGCAGACGUGAGCGAGGACCCCGACGCGGAUGAGUCGGGCCACGAGCCGGUCCGGCGGAAGAUGCCGUCGUGGUACGCGCCGAAGCGCCCUCGCUCGCACACGUCCCAGAGCGACACGGACGGACAUGCAGGCGCGUCGCCGAAUGCUUCGACAGACCUGCUUCCUACGUACAAGCGCUGGAUCAAGACGUUUGGCAAGUCGGGCUCUUACCGCCGCCCCCGGCGUCUGUCGAAUGCCGACCACUCUGACUUUAACCUGCUGGGCCACUCGAGCACGGGCGGCAGCAGUUUUGAAAAUGUGACCGCCGCGUCUGUGUGGGCCGCGCACGAUGAGUACGCCAUUGACGUGCGCAUCACGAUCAAGCGCGAGGUGACGGAGCUCUUUACGUCGCUGAGCGAGCUGCAGCAGUACACCGAGCUCAACCUGACCGGCAUGAAAAAGAUUCUCAAAAAAUACGACAAGAUCACCGACAGCCAGCUCAAGGACCGUUACGUGGAGCAGGUCGUGAUGGUCAAAUACCCCUUCCAGACGCACGCCAAGGCACAGCUCGACGAGUACCUCAAUGAUGUCGUGCACCUCUAUGCCCACAUCGCGACGCGCGGCGACGAGGAGCAGGCGCGCUCGCAGCUCAAGGCACAGCUCCGCGAGGAGGUCGUGUGGCAGCGCAACACAGUCUGGCGUGAGAUGAUCAACAUUGAGCGCCGUGCGCAGGCCGCCUCGCUCGAGCGCAGCUUGAUUGGCACGGCCGCUGGCGACCUGCUGGCCAAAGAGACGCAGCCGCCGCGCGUGGUGCACACCUUCUUUGGCGAUAUCAUGCUUCCUUCCUUCUUUACGGCUGGCACGCUCCAGCUCUUCUUUUCCAUCGCCCUGUUUAUUUUGCUGCUCAAGAACCCCUUCCUCCGUGUCUUUGACGAGGUCGAGGUGCAGAAUUGCUUUGCGAUGCUCAUCUUUUGCACGUGUCUGUGGGUGACCGAGGUUAUCCCGCUGUUUGUCACCUCGCUCCUUGUCCCGUUCCUGAUCACGACGCUGCGUGUGGCGCGCCACGAAAAGGACGGCGAGUACACGCGCAUGACCGCGCCCGAGACCAGCAAGUGGAUCUUUUCGCAAAUGUUUGCACCGAACGUCUCGCUGCUGCUUGGUGGCUUUACGCUCGCCGCGGCCUUGUCGAAGUACGGCAUCGACAAGGUGCUCGCGACACGCGUGCUCCGCCUCGCGGGCACCAAGCCGAGCAUCGUUCUUCUGGCACACAUGCUCGUCGCAUGCUUUGCGAGCAUGUGGAUUUCGAACGUCGCCGCGCCUGUGCUCAUGUUCUCGCUCGUGCAGCCGAUUCUGCGCAAUUUGCCCCCCCGGUCGCCGUACGCGACGAGUCUCGUGAUGGGCAUCGCGCUCGCGUCGAAUAUCGGCGGCCAGACGUCGCCGAUUGCCUCGCCGCAGAACCUCAUUGCGCUCGAGUACAUGAAGGAGCCGAUCGGCUGGCUGCAGUGGUUCUCGAUUACGAUUCCCGUGUCGGGCCUGUCGCUGAUUGUCCUUUGGCUCCUGCUCCUCUGGUCCUUUGGCACCGGCAAGGGCGUCGUGAUCAAGCGCAUCCCCGAGCCGACCGAACCUUUGCAAAAGACGCAGUGGUUCAUUUCGGCCGUGUGCAUCGGCACCAUUGUGCUGUGGUGCCUCGAGCGCAAGAUCGAGUGGAUUGUGGGCGACAUGGCGAUCAUCGCCAUUGUCCCCCUCGUGUGCUUCUUUGGCACGGGCAUCCUGACCAAGGAAGACUUUAACAACUUCCUUUGGACGAUCGUCUUCCUUGCGAUGGGUGGUAUCGCACUCGGCAAGGGCGUCGACUCGAGCGGUCUGCUUGCGAGCCUCGACCACUUUGUGCAGGACCGCGUCGAGGGACUGCCGCUAUGGGGCAUCCUGCUGCUCCUUGUCAGCAUUGGCCUCGUGGUCGCCACCUUUAUCUCGCACACCAUCGCCGCCGUUCUCCUGGUGCCGAUCGCGGCACAGAUGGGCGAGAACCUUUCGCAGCCGCAUCCCCGACUGCUCAUCAUGGCCACGGUGCUCACCGCGAGCGCCGCCAUGGGCCUUCCCAUCUCGGGCUUCCCCAACAUGACCGCCAUCAACCUCGAGGAUGAGGUCGGGCAGCGGUACGUCUCGGUCAAGACGUUCUUGCGGGUCGGUAUCCCCGCCAGCAUUGCCGCGACGGUGAUCAUCGCCUCGGUCGGCUACUUGAUCAUGUCGUUACUGGGGCUGUAG